AUGUUCUCCCGCGUUGCCACCCGUGUUCCACUCACUGCAGCCUUCGCCGGCAAGCGCGUCGCAACCGCCAGCAUCCGCGCCAACUCCUCCAGCUCAACAAGUAGCACAGCCCGCGUCAUGGAGAUGGCCGCACAGGCCGAGCGACCAACUGGCGCUGAAGCCGCCGUGCCUGUGAUGUGGGCUGCCUGUGGCGUUCUUGCGUACACGGCGUGGAACCGCAUGAGCGAGCGGACCGCAGGCGAGAACGUGGAGAAGCUUCUCAUCGUCUGA